AAAAAAAAACUAUUUUAUUCAACUUGGCAAAUGCGAAUCACAAAUCUUUACAAAUUAAAUUAAAACAUUAACUUGCGAAUUGCGAUUCCUAAUGAAUCCUUUGACCCAACCCAUUAUUAUCGUCGUCACCCAUGAUCGAUCCUUGUGAGUUGUUUGUUAUCGUCAAACAAACUGAAACUAGUCUCUGUUUUGUUCCCUGCGCUGGAUUCUCACUCCUCAGUCUGUUUGAAUCCACUUCAGUUCACCCAUUGCAAAACAAAAUGUAUCUGAAAGACGGUUACUCCCUCUUGUUAAAGCACCGCAAAUCCUCACCCCCCUUGCUGCUCCCCACGCGCCCAACCCCCUCUCCCCACCACCCUUCCCCCCUCCGCGAGUCCCACGUCGCCCACGCGCUGCGCCGGGAGCCCGACGCCACGCGCGCGCUCCACCACUUCCACCACGUCGCCAACGCCCUCAACUUCACCCACACCCCCUUGACCUACGCCAUUAUCAUCCACAAGCUCUCCCGAGCCUCCCAAAACGACGCCGUCCACUACCUCCUCCACCACAUGAAGCUCCACCGCAUCCCCUGCUCCGAGGACACCUUCAUCUGCGUCCUCGCCUCCCACAAGCUCGCCGGCCUGCCCGACCGUGCGCUCAAGACCUUCUACAGAAUCAGAGAGUUCGGCUGCCACCCCACGGUUAAGAUUUACAACCACCUGCUCGACGCUUUGCUCUGCCACGACGCCCCAACGGGGAAAGGGUUUCGAAUGCUCGGAGCUGUCUAUGAGAACAUGAAGGGGGAGGGGUUGCAGCCCAAUGUGUUUACUUACAACGUCCUUCUCAAGGGCCUGUGUUUGAAUGGCAAGGUCGAUGCUGCCUGCAAGCUGCUUGUGGAAAUGUCCAAGAGAGGCUGUGUCCCCGAUGAGGUCAGUUACACCACGGUGGUGAACGCUGUUUGUAGGUUUGGCUCCGUGGAGGAGGCUAAGGAGGUGGUGGGGAGAUUCCGGGUGGAGAAUGUGGUGUCGGUUUACAAUGCUUUGAUUUGUGGGUUGUGUAGGGAGGGGAGGGUUGGGGAGGUGUUUGCUUUGAUGGGGGAGAUGGUGGGGAAGGGGGUUGAUCCUAAUGUUGUUAGUUACUCUAGUGUCAUUAACUCGCUUGCUGAUGUUGGGGAGGUUGAGUUGGGGCUUGCGGUUUUUGGCUUAAUGGUUAGGAGAGGGUGUAGGCCGAAUGUUCACACGUUUAGUUCCUUGAUGAAAGGGUGUUUCUUGGGAGGGAGGGUCAGGGAGGGGGUUGGGUUGUGGAGGGUUAUGGUUAGGGAAGGGGUUAGGCCCAAUGUUGUGGCGUGUAACACGCUCUUGUAUGGGCUGUGCUGUAGCGGGAAUGUGGCUGAGGCUCUGGAAUUUUGUGAUUCCAUGGAGAGGGAUGGUUUUUGCCGGCCGAAUGUGACCUCGUAUAGCACUCUCGUUCAUGGGUUUGCGAGGUCUGGGGACUUGCAGGGUGCUUCUGGGGUGUGGAACAGGAUGGUGGAUUGUGGGGUUCGGCCGAAUGUCGUGGCGUACACCUCCAUGGUGGAUGUGCUCUGUCGGAAUUCUAUGUUCGAUCGGGCUUGUAGGCUUAUUGAGAGUAUGGCUGCUGAUGGUUGUCCCCCUACUGUUGUUACGUUUAACACUUUUGUGAAGGGCUUGUGUCACGGUGGGAGAGUGCGGUGGGCCAAGCGCGUGGUUGAUCAGAUGCAGAAGUCUGGGUGUUUGCCGGAUAUCAGAACGUAUAAUGAGCUGCUGGAUGGCUUGUUUAGUGUGGAUGAGGUUAGAGAAGCUUGCGAGCUUAUGAGGGAGUUGGAAGAGAGGAAGGUGGAGAUGAAUUCUGUCACUUACAACACUGUUAUGUAUGGGUUUUCUAGCCAUGGAAUGCAGGAAUGGGUUUUGCAGGUUUUGGGGAGAAUGUUUGUGAAUGGAGUAAAGCCAGAUGACAUUACGGUUAAUAUAGUUAUUUAUGCGUACUCCAAGUUGGGUAAGGUUAGAACUGCCAUCCAGCUUUUGGAUAAAAUUACGGAAAGAAAGGAAUUCUGUCCAGACAUUAUAGCACAUACUAGCCUUUUGUGGGGUAUCUGUAAUUGGUUAGACAUUGAAGAGGCAGUUGUGUAUCUGAAUAAAAUGUUAAAUAAUGGAAUCUUUCCCAAUGUUGCCACUUGGAAUGUGUUAGUACGAGGCUUAUUUAACAAAUUGGGUCAUAUGGGACCAAUCCGCAUCUUGGAUGAUAUCUUGGGAAAUGGAUAACAGUAUGGGAUUUUUCAGCUUAUUCUGAGGUACACUAAUGGCCUCCAAAUAUAGCUAUUUUCAACAAUAUGCAACAGAUGACCAUGUUGCGAUACAGUGAACACCAAGUUUGGCGCAGGAGCAAGUGGGUGGAGUGGAAUGAAUGUGGUAGGAAAUAACACACGGUGAGAAAUCAUUUGUUAGGAUCACAAACCGGUUCUGACUUUUCAGGGAGAGAGACAAGAACAGAGAAAGGAAAGGAAAAAGAAUGUUUUGGCAGCAUUUAUUAAAUUAUUGAUAAAGAGCCUAAGGAGAAGAUUCUCCUUCCAAGGGUAUCCCCUUUCUACAGCAGAGUUGGUGUGCUACUGGGAACGACGAGCUUAAUAACCAAAAAAGUGGCAAAUGGCAUUGAAUUUCUUUUCCUAGUAUGUUCCUUCUUUCUGUCAAAGGAAACAUGAAGAUAUUUUCAAGAUCAGACAUCAGUGGAUAAUGUACCUUAAAGUCACUAGAAGCGAUUAAAGCCAGCUCAAGUAUGCUUUUCAGAUCAACAACAAAAAGAAAUCAAUCUUGAUUCUAAUUAUAAAGUGUGAUUCAAGAUUUUCAUUCAUAACUGGCACAUCCUUGAAAUUCUCUAGCAAUUCAUAUGAACAGCAAAGGAUAUCGUGAUUCUAACCUGUGAUAGCUGUGCUGAGUCAUCUGACUCAGGGUAAAGGAGCAGCUGAAGCAUUAAAUAUCAUGAUCAUGGUCAGAUUUUCUUUGUCACACACUAAAUUGACACAAGGCCAGCCAGUGUUCAACGACAUGAUAAAUUAGUUUACCUGUCUCCUAAUAAAUGAUGGCAUAAAUUCAAAUAGAGCAGAUGCCCAUGGUGAAAGCUGAGAUGAUAUAUUGUCAACAGCAACACCUUGUCUGAGUAAACCGUGAAUUUCCUGAGGUACAGAAAGGUAUUGGAAGGGACAUAUUAAGGUUGUAUCCUCUAUUAUAGGAGAGUAAAACUAUAAUGCUAAUAUCUAACAUGAAUGACCAAAAAGAAACCUGUUCUUUUCUGAAGCUUAAACAGCCCACAAUGGCUUGAUUGAAGACAUACAGAUGCAAGUAUACUUGAUUGACAAAUUUCAUUAUGCUCUGUGCUCGAGUAAGGAUUGACUAUUGACGAAUGGGGGUUUUACCUUUAAGAGUGUAUAUACUUCAGGAAUACUCUCUAUCAGCCCUUCUGGAAGGAGGAUUACUCCAUGUCUGCUGCAAUGAAUCCAAUGUCGAUCAAACUGGACGAUGCCAAUUUCUCAACCUGGAAGAAGGAAGCCUUAGAAGCAAUCAAGGCAGGCAAAGUUGAAAAGUUCAUCGCAAAAACGAAUGAUGGAGGAAGGCCACACAAGUUUAAAACACCUGAAGAUGAAGUUCUUGGAAAUAUCAGUGAAGAAUACAAAAAUUGGGAGCAGAAGGAUCAGGUUGUUUAUACGUGGCUUCUUGUAUCCAUAUCUCCAAAACUUCGUGCCGGAAUGGUAGGAUGCGAACAUGCUUUUCAAAUUUGGAUGAAAAUAGAGGCUUUCUUAGAACAA